AUGAUUGGAAAUUCCAGAACUCAACCCGAGCCAAAAGUUGUCUUAGUCGGCGAUUCUGGUGUUGGAAAGACCGCAAUUAUACAAAAUUUUAUCACUGGCAUACUUGGCGAGCAAACAGAGCCAACAGUUAUCGCUACAUCAUUUAAAACAGAAAUAGAACUCGAAGAUGGGGUUAAAGAGGAAAUCUCAAUUUGGGACACAGCAGGACAAGAAAGGUUUCAGAGCUUAAUUCCUUUAUAUCUUAGAAAUGCCAGAGGUUUAAUACUUGUCGCAGAUAUCACAGCAAAAAAUAACAUUCAAACACUUGAUACAAUAUAUAUGUCACUAAAUGACCUAGAUCCAACAUGCAUUUGCAUUUUAGCCGCAAAUAAAAUAGAUCUCGACCUAAAAAAAGACAUUUCAGACCUUGAAAAAUGGGCGACUGAUCAUCAUUUUUCUUUUACAACAGUUUCAGCUAAAACAGGUUCUGGAAUUCGUGAACUUUUCAUAAAAAUUACAAAAUUAAUGCGCGAAGCAACUCCAGAACAGCAUUACUUUAAUUCCAAAACUACUUUGAGAGAAGAUCCAAAUAAGAAAAAUAUUCCUUGUUGCUGA